UAAGCAUUUUUGUUUUGUUAGUUCAACUGUAAUGUUAAAGCAGCAACAUAAACAAAAUAUUGUUUUGUAAACAAUCUUUAACAUUCCAGUUUGGAAACAAACAAACUAUUUUAAGUUCCAUCAAGUCACGUCUUGCUCGCUGUUCAAAUGCAUAAGUCGUCUUUAUAAGGUGUGUCACUCUAAUUAUCUCUGUUUGUUUAAGUUAAACUAUGGAUAUUUAGGGUUAGGUGUUGGGCGUGUUGAAGUUUAUAAACAAAAACUUGGGUAUUUUGGUGAAGAUGCGGCAGAUGCACAAGCAACUGUGACGUAACUAUGCACUUUGUUUUGAACUAUCCCAGAUUUAGAUUUAUUAUUGUUUACGUUUCAUAAGCUAAGCAGCAAAAAAAAUUUGUAAAAAUAAUUUUUUGUUUCAAUUCUGGAUAUUUAUAUUUGCGUUCAAAUCACGAAAAACAUUUUCUCAAUUCUUGAUCUUUUAAGUGGUCGCGAUCCUCAGAAUCGGCAUUGUGACGUAACAGAUAAUCACCGAAAACCGCUACAGCAUCAAUUACUGAUUUCAAUGUUCUUAAGAUCGCGCGAUUGUUACGUGACAAUAACCAAAUGAAGAUGCGCUACGACCGCGGCUUUCGCGACUUGUGACGUAUAUGAAUCACCAUUGUUACGCGUGCUGCAAAAAAAUUCCGAUUUUUUUUAUUUAUAUUCAAAUUUUUGUGCCUCAAAAAUGCAAAAUUUCGGGCCCAUGACAAACCCCAUUGUGUAGCGUGUAUGACGUAACAGUGGAUGCAUUUCCUUGCGGCGUAAAGUUGGAUCUUUGCGACGCGAUGGCGCGAUGGUAGGUAACAUAUUCGAUUGUCGUGGAACAGUUGUAGUAUUGUUACGUCACAACAGACUAGUUACAGAAUAAAGUAAAAGAUGUGUACGCGGUAAAAGCGUCAGUCGCGCAACCGAUUUGCAUGAAACGAAACAAGAUAAAAUUUUCGAAUUAGCAAGGUUAUCUGUGACCUAAUAUAGAUGGACAAUGGACACGCCCAGAGGCUAUUAUGACGUAGUGAGGUGAAAAUAUUGAAGAAGUAAGAUGUUGGUAUAUAAGGGGGGGAUAGGGGGGGCCAAGUUGUAUAAUCAUGGAGUCGAUCACGAAACGAACCACCUUGUUUCUCGUCAUCGCGAUUUGUGUGAAGUAUUCGCUGCAUGCGCCGGUGAACCACGUGACUGCUCAAGUUACCCCGUAUUUCCAUGACAACAUCGUCGCCCAAAUCAACCGAACUCUACCCCUUCAAUAUUUCCACCACAUCAAACAAGAGAAACCACCACGUGGUUGGGCCCGCAGAUGCGAGAAAGACACGCAUGAAUGCCCCGAGAACAAUAUAAGUUUGUUACGUGAGCUUGGGACUCAUCCAUCGGUUUCGAAGAGAAGUACUACACCAUGGAAAUAUGUACUGAACCAAGAUACAAACCGCUACCCUGUGAAUAUAUACGAAGCAUGUUGUUUGUGUAGUAAUUGUCUCACCGUGAUGGAUGGGAGGCAUAUACCGGAUGUAAAGGCAGCUGAGAUUAAAGUGCCGAUUAAGGCGGCGUUUUGGAACGGUACAGGACCGGUGGUUCGAUAUAUUCACAUCGCUAUUGGUUGCACUUGUGUGCGUAGACGGUCGUCCAUGGGUUAACCACCCCCCACCCCCUGGUCCCCCAUCAUGAUACAUACGCACCCCAACCCCCAUAUGCGGGUCCCCCCCCUUUUUAUUCCAUUAAUUGUACGUUAAUGCGAAGCCUUGUUUAGCGACAUUUUUGUCGCUUUGUCUCCAUGAGAUUUGGUUUUGGUGUUGCAAAAAUUCAUAUCGUUACGUCAUAAUGUAAAGUGUUAUUGGGUUCUUGUUACGUCAUAGUAUAUAUUGUUUGUAAUAUAGAGUCGAUAUCGUUGUUGUCAAAGUGUCCGGCACGAAAAAAAUAAAACAAGGAAAAAUA